AAUCUUUCCAGAUCCGGACGGCCUUUCCAUCCGCUUGGGUGAAUUGACGCCGAAAUGGAAGAUGCACACACGAAGUCGGGCGAAGAGAUUUGCCGUUUCUUCAAUGUGGGCGAAGAUGGGCUGACUGACGGCCAAAUAGAAGCUCAACGAGCCAAAUAUGGCUACAAUGAAAUGCCUGCCGAAGAAGGAAAAUCCAUUUGGGAGUUGAUUUUCGAACAAUUUGAUGAUCUCCUUGUGAAGAUUCUUCUCCUCGCUGCUAUCAUUUCUUUUGUCUUAGCUCUAUUCGAAGAACAUGACGAUCAAACUUCUGCAGUUACCGCCUUUGUCGAACCUUUCGUUAUUCUGCUUAUUCUUAUCGCAAAUGCCACAGUCGGUGUCUGGCAGGAACGGAAUGCGGAAUCGGCUAUAGAAGCUUUGAAAGAAUAUGAACCGGAAAUGGCCAAAGUGGUUCGAGCGGGUACCCAUGGUAUUCAAAUGAUUCGAGCUCGAGAUCUUGUUCCUGGAGAUCUCGUUGAAGUAUCUGUUGGUGACAAAAUCCCAGCUGAUCUGCGACUAUUGAAAAUCUACUCGACCACCAUACGAAUUGACCAGUCCAUCCUGACCGGAGAAUCUGUGUCAGUAAUCAAGCACACCGAAUCCGUGCCUGAUCCACGUGCUGUGAAUCAAGACAAGAAGAAUUGUCUCUUCUCCGGUACAAAUGUGGCUUCAGGAAAGGCUCGCGGAAUUGUGUUUGGUACCGGACUGAUGACUGAAAUCGGUAAAAUCCGAACGGAAAUGGCUGAAACCGAGAGCGACAAGACGCCGUUGCAGCAGAAACUUGACGAGUUCGGUGAACAGUUGUCAAAAGUAAUCUCCAUUAUCUGCAUCGCUGUAUGGGCUAUCAACAUUGGCCAUUUCAACGACCCCGCUCAUGGUGGUUCAUGGAUCAAAGGAGCUAUCUAUUACUUCAAGAUUGCUGUUGCCUUGGCUGUCGCCGCCAUUCCCGAAGGUCUUCCCGCUGUCAUUACCACCUGUCUUGCACUUGGAACUCGAAGAAUGGCGAAGAAGAACGCGAUUGUCCGAUCGCUGCCAUCUGUCGAGACUUUGGGUUGUACCUCUGUAAUCUGCUCCGAUAAGACCGGCACUCUGACAACCAAUCAAAUGUCUGUGUCCAAAAUGUUCAUUGUCGAAUCGGCAUCUGGCGACAACAUCAACUUCAAUGAGUUCACUAUCUCUGGAUCUACCUAUGAACCAUCUGGAAAAGUUUUCUACAACGACAAAGAGAUCAACUGUGCUAGCGGAGAUUUUGAUGCAUUGACUGAGUUGGCCACGAUCUGUGCGAUGUGCAACGACUCAGCUGUCGACUACAAUGAUACCAAGAAAGUCUAUGAGAAGGUAGGAGAGGCCACCGAAACUGCCCUUGUUGUCUUAGCUGAGAAGAUGAACGUCUAUGGAACCCCCAAAUCUGGUCUGUCACCCCGUGACUUGGGCAAUGUGUGUAAUCGUGUCAUCCAGCAAAAAUGGAAGAAGGAGUUCACUCUCGAAUUCUCCCGUGAUCGCAAAUCCAUGUCAUCGUAUUGUAUUCCUGCAACCGGCGGAUCCGGUGCCAAAAUGUUCGUGAAAGGAGCUCCAGAAGGAGUGCUUGGCCGCUGCACUCAUGUCCGUGUCAACAACCAAAAAGUGCCCCUCACGCAAGCCAUGACCCAGAAGAUCGUUGACAAAUGCGUACAGUAUGGUACUGGUCGCGACACACUGCGAUGCUUGGCUCUGGGGACGAUUGAUAACCCAAUACCUCAGCAAAACAUGAAUCUUGAAGAAGCUACGCAGUUUGUGAAGUAUGAACGCGAUAUCACCUUUGUCGGUGUCGUCGGAAUGCUUGACCCUCCUCGAACUGAGGUCAUGAGCUCGAUCAAGGAGUGCAAUCAUGCUGGUAUUCGUGUCAUCAUGAUUACUGGUGAUAACAAGAACACAGCUGAAGCCAUUGGUAGACGUAUUGGACUGUUCGAAGAGCAUGAGGAUACCACAGGAUUGGCAUUCACUGGCCGUGAAUUUGACGAUUUACCACCAGAGCAACAGUCUGAAGCUUGCCGACACGCUAAGUUGUUUGCUCGAGUAGAGCCGGCACACAAGUCCAAGAUUGUCGACAUUUUGCAGAGCCAUGGAGAGAUUACUGCCAUGACUGGUGAUGGUGUGAACGAUGCUCCUGCUUUGAAAAAAGCCGAAAUUGGAAUUGCUAUGGGAUCAGGAACUGCUGUGGCCAAAUCUGCAUCAGAAAUGGUCCUGGCUGACGAUAACUUCGCUUCCAUUGUGGCUGCUGUAGAAGAAGGUCGCGCUAUCUACAACAACAUGAAGCAAUUCAUUCGAUACCUUAUCUCGUCCAAUGUCGGAGAAGUCGUGUCUAUCUUCCUGGUAGCAGCUAUCGGCAUUCCGGAAGCUCUGAUUCCCGUACAACUGUUGUGGGUCAACUUGGUCACUGAUGGUCUGCCAGCUACCGCUUUGGGCUUCAACCCACCCGACUUGGACAUCAUGGAACGACAUCCACGAUCGGCUAGCGAGAGUUUGAUCUCGAAAUGGCUAUUCUUCCGGUAUCUAGCUGUCGGAACCUAUGUCGGAGUUGCCACUGUUGGAGCAGCUAUGUGGUGGUUCCUUUUGUACGAGGAUGGACCUCAGAUUACCUACUAUCAGCUUACCCACUGGAUGAGAUGCGAGAUUGAACCCGAAAACUUCACCGAUUUGGAUUGCGCUGUGUUUGAGGACAAUCAUCCUAAUGCCAUGGCCUUGUCUGUAUUGGUAACCAUCGAGAUGUUGAACGCUUUGAAUUCCUUGUCUGAAAACCAAUCGUUGUUCGUGAUGCCACCAUGGUCGAAUAUGUGGUUGUGCUCAGCCAUCGCGCUCUCAAUGUCCCUCCACUUUGUUAUCCUGUACGUCGACAUCAUGUCUACGAUCUUCCAGAUCACGCCGCUAAGUGUGGUCGAAUGGAUAGCUGUAUUGAAGAUCUCGUUCCCUGUGAUUCUCCUCGACGAAGUACUCAAAUUCAUCGCGCGCAACUACGUCGACGUGGAGCCUCCAGCGGACCUCAAUUUGCAGAAGAAGAAGCUCUAAAGAAGAUUGUGGAUCUAUUUGAAUGGCGAUUUUUGUCGUUCUUAUGACAAAAUGAGACUUUGCAGGUGUACUACUUCUUUGACCCUCACACAGAUUUGUCAUAGGCUGUUGCGCUGUUUAGUUUGAUAUGUGUUAUCUCAGUGUCUUGUAAGUUGUUAAUUUAGUAGUGAGAGUGAUAUUCCUCCCUGUGCUCUUGAUAUAGCUAAUUUGCUUAUUGUUGACCAAUUUUACUAAUCUGAAUCGCGAGGAUGGCACAAUGUAAGAGAUUUGAGCUAGAAUACCUUAGGUAGUCUUGUCUUAAAUCUUAUAGUUGCAGAGCUUAGUUGAUGGGGAAGGGGCAAGAGAUCACAAUGCAGUUUUGACUGCAUAAUUUUGCAGUUUCUCGCAUGAGUCACAGUUUGAUGCUUUCUACCAAGGGAAAUCGAUGAAUUUUUCUUUUUGCAAUCUUGAUGUUCUUAUCCCUUUUAAAGUUUUGUAAUCCUCGGCAGUCACCACUAAUAAUGGGAUAGGAUCUUUCAUUUUGCUCAAGUGUUCACAAUGUUGGUCAGUAGUUAGUUGGUAGUUUGUAAUUACGUACUCAUCACAGUUCUUUUUGUGUUUUUGGCCGGGAUGUUAUUCGCCAAUUGAAAUCUGGUCACAUUCAUUCGAAACAUACGGUCUGUAUCUGAGUUUUCUCUUCAAGGCUAUUGAUGAUAGGUCUGUUGUUAUGUAAAAUUAUCUUGACGCAGAACCCUAAUAAAAAAUUUGAUGU